CCACCCCCCACGCUGACCCGGAGCAGCCAUGCAUCUCGAGGUGAAGGUCGCCCUGAACUUCAUCGUGUCCUACCUCUACAACAAGCUGCCUCGGCGCCGCGCGGAUCUGUUUGGCGAGGAGCUGGAGAGGAUACUGAUUUCUCGGUUCGAGGGUCACUGGUACCCCGAAGCCCCUCUCAGAGGCUCUGCCUUUCGCUGCAUUCACCUGGGAGCCCCGAGGGACCCCGUGGUGGAGUUAGCCGCCAAGAGGAGCGGCCUGGACACGGAGGAAGUUCGUGCAAACGUUCCUGCAGAGCUCAGCGUGUGGAUCGACCCGUACGAGGUUUCCUACCAGAUCGGAGAGAAGGGGGCGGUGAAGGUCCUCUACCUGGAAGAGACUCCUGGACUCGGGUGUGACGGAGAGAUGCCGGAGGGGCCCACCAGAGAGGGAGACUCGGAGGCGGAGGAGGCCAAGAGUUUGGGGUUCAACCCGGACGCUCAGGUGUUCGUUCCGAUCGGCAGCCAGGCGUCGCCCGCCCUCAUGCCCUCUCUCUCCAGCUCCCCCACCCCGAUGUCCACCGCCCUCUUCAGCUACCCGAGCUCCAGCACGCCCCCCGACCCCUCCGCCCACUCCUCCAUCCCCACCGCCCGCCCCCAGCCCAUCACCUUCACCACCGCCAGCUUCGCCGCCACCAAAUUUGGCUCGACCAAGAUGAAGAAGUGCAGCGGUGCCGGGUCAACAACUGGCGCCAAUGGCUCCAUCCUCCCCCCCGCUCAGAGGAUGCUCACCCACUCCCCCACCGCCAUCUUGGCUCCGGACCUGCUGAAGCACAAGCCUCUCUCUCUGUCCUUGCACUCCCUCGGAGGCGCUCCCAUCGCCAGCCAGCUCUCCCCCAACGCCAAAGAGUUCGUGUACCCAGGAUCGCCGGGCGCCCUUUACUUCGAUGCUGACUCCCAGCCCAUGCAGCCUCACGUCAGCCCGUUCCAGCCGCCACACUCCCAUCCGACCUUUGACCCCUUCUCCAGCCCUCCUCCGCCCCCCAGCGUUGGCAUCAUCGGCAGCAGCGGGGGCAUCCCCUACAUGGAGAAGCCCCCGUUUGUGGAGGGUCUAGGAAGCUACAACCUGCAAUACCCCAGCCAGUCCUUCCAGCCGGUGGUGCUGGCCAACUAAAGCCUUCAUUUGUAACGAAAAAGAAAUGUUCUCCCGAGGUGGGUCUGAAAAAUGACGCUCCAGAUAUUUUCAGUUUUUUCUAACAAAUUGUUCUGAUACUAAAACGCGUUGAGAAUUAGUUUUACUACGAGGAUUUAAAAAGUACCACGUCCACUGAAUAAUGAAAUGUAGUUUUUGUUACCUCCAAUCCCGCCCUAUCUUUUCAUUCGUUGCUUUCGUCCGUUUGCUUUGAUGACAGGAGUGGGUGGGGAGGGGUGGGUUCCUUUCUACGUUUGAGUCGUUGCCAAUCGCUUUUAUGUUUAUUCCUUUGCAUUAAAUGUUAACGUUAAGGAUUUGUUUUUGUUUUGUGGUUUAAUGGACUCUAGUGUAGCUCCACUUUUGCACUGCACUGUCAUGCUGUGAAAGAAGCUCCUCGCCAAGUCCUGCAGGGAACGACGGCUGUGGAAAGCUCAGCACUUUGCUCUGCAAUCUGCUCUGCCCUACUUGCCACAAAUACAGAGAAGGGGGGGGUGGGGGGUCUGCUGUGUGAGCGAGUGUGUGGCGCUGCUCUGUUUUGUUGUGGCUCAGCGUGAUGGAGAGACCCAUUGUUUGUACGAUGGUGGGCCCUCUCCUCUAGUCGUUGUUGUCGCCAGUUUGUCGUCAGCUGGGAUGUGUGUACAUGACACGGGUUUAAAUGAAGCGAGAGCAGUGGAGUGAGCAGAAAGGCAGCUUGGGGGAGUAAGGGAGCGAUGUAGGGGAAUGUAUUGCAUCUGUCAGGGGGGAUACUGCAGCUAGGAAGGUCAGGGAAACCUUGGUGGAGAAACGGGUUUGCAUUUUAAGACUUUAACCGCGCGUUGAUGCCUCAAUUAAACACACUGGGAUGUAAAUUGUGCUUUCAUACGUGCACACACGCAGGCGGUCGUGUGUGAAGGAGAAGAGGGAUGCAGCAGGCAUUGUGAUAAAUGGCUUAGCAUGACUUUGAGGGAGAGCUUUUCCUCUGCACGAAGAAGGAAGUGAAAGGGAGAGCAGCAGCUCGAGGCUUCUUUCGCCUCGGUGUUAUCCAGGCUGUGGAGAGAUUUAAAACCCAGAACACGUUUGUGGUGAGCUUAAAUGGUAUUGAAGCCAACCAUUCUCUCCCUCCUCUUGAAAUUCUCCUCUUCUCCUCUGGUUUCUGACAAAAGAUUCAUACAGAUGAGUGAUCCUCAAUUGGUCUGCUGCUUUUAUUGGUUAGAUUUUAAGUCUGCUGCAUGUCUCUAACAAAGGUUUGUUUACCAGCUGGGUCCAUGUGAUUGUUGGUGAGUCUCUGCAGGGAGGGGUGGCUCUCAGAUGAGCAGCACUUUACUUCUGAGGCUGUGUGGCGCUACAUCGUUCCUUUAGCCUCCAUGAAAUGCUUUAGAGAUUCAAACAGUGCACAUGCAAGAUUGAGGAGAUGCUGUUUAUUUGAAUGUUUCCAGAAACCUAUUAAUGAGGACCCUUGACUCUGGUUUUGCAACGUGACAUCUUGUCAUAUGCAUGGAAGAUUUUAUUUCUUUGUUUGUUUUUUUUCAAGGGGAUGGGUGGGGAGGUCUGUAAAUGUCAUUAUGAUUGUGAGGGGAAAGAUGCAUUUAUAUCGUUUCUUUGUUUUGUAAUUUAUUUCUAUAUAUUUUAGUUUUUUCUGCAAAAAUGAUCACUGACAUUUGUACGAGUAAAGACAUGACAAGUCCAGGAAAUAUGUAUAUAUACAAAGUUCUUACGUUCAGAUUUAUUUGUUUAGUUUCUUACAUGCCGAGGUUAUUUUUUCAGAAAAUAACGUGAAUAUAUGCAAACCGAGACAAAAAUAAAGAUGUACAGAAUAAAGUAUUGAAUGUGUAUUGUACCUUGUACCUUUUUGGCAUUUGUCUAAUAAGACGGGUAAAUGUAUUCAUUCUUCAAGUCGGAUUUGAAGUUUAAGAUGUGAAUGUUUACAAAGGGUUUGUGUAGGAAAGAUGGCUGAUUUCACUUUUGUUCUGUGCUCCCAGGGCAGUCUCACAACACUACUCUCCAUUGGCAGUGCAUUUAAACCAAAAAUUACACAUUUCAGAUUUUGUUUUUGUCCAUUUCCCUUUUUUUUUCUAUUGUCAAUUCCCUACAUAUUUAGAGUUACCCUGCUUGUAUUUUAUCCUUCGAGCUAAAAGUACCAUUCACUUUUCCCCACUUUAUUUAAACACAUUUUCACUACCCCCAAGUUACCCCACUUAGACAAACGAUCCACAUUUCGGAGUUAUUCUUAAGUGAAAUGUCCAUUUACCCAUUUAUUUUGGUCAAUCCCCUACAUAUUUAUUACAUUCCCUACUACAAGUUACUCUGCUUAUCUUUUUUCCUCUGAAGAAAUUGUUAUAUUUUCCCACUUUAGUUAAUAAUCACGUUCACUCUACUUCCCAUAGAAAUGUAUUAUUGAAACGAAACAAUUUUACAUUUCAGAUAUAUUCAAGUCCUUCCCUCUUUUCCUUUUUUGUUGUUGUAAAUUCAAUACUUAUUUAGGAUCACAAUAGAUUUCCUACAUUUUGUUUUACUCCCAUCCGACACUCCUUGACUUCUUUUGUUUGCUACUAAAGCGCCUAACCAAGAUAAAUCAGAUUUACUAGAACAAAACGCCCCCGUAUAUUUUAUAUCCCAUCACAUUUUACUUUGUCUCACUUCAUCUUUUUCCCUUUCUCCCCAGGUCCUUUGGUCCUGGUACUAUAGCCAUAUCCCAGACUGUCUUUGCUUACAGACGCUCGCCCUUCUCCAGUGCAAUGUAAUGCCAUAGUUUAAAUUACCCUGAAGGAUUUAAGGGGUUUCUACCUCUCUGCACCCGGGAAAAAAAAAUACAAAAAUCAGUAUAUCGUCUCAAUGAGAAGACAGUGUUACGGAAAGGAUGAAGGAAAUGAAUGUGCUGUGAAUGUGAUCUGUUUAUUAGGCUACACCCUGGUUGAGAUGGCCUGCGGAUAAUAAAUAAGGGAAACAGAAUUGUUUUGUGUGUUUAAACGUGACAGUCACAUGCAUGUCCAAAAUGACUCAGUGACUCUUUUUUUUUCAUAUUUGUGAGAUUAUUCUUAGCAAACGAGGUGUUGUUAAAUUUCGUCUGUAUACAAAUCGGUCUCCUCUGAGGAUGUGACGAUGACUGUAAAAGAGUAAAUGCUGGUUUGUGUUUUUUCACGCUUUUCUAAACACACUCCAAACGCAGGCCAUUCAACAAUCAGGGUUGAACGUUAUUGAGGAGGAAAAACAAGAAUUUUGUAUUCUGAUGUCCGUUUGCUUAUAUCGAUGUGUGCGUUUUAUUUUGCACUUUGGAAUAUUUCAUUGUCAUAAAAGAAGUUUAUUUUCUAUGUAAAAAAUUUAACAUUUAAGAGUACAAAUAAAUAUAAUUAAAAGUUCAGAUGAUGUAUAAAUAUAGUGCUUUCUUUCCUGCCUGUAUUUUAUUAUUUUUGUUCCUAUUUUGUAUCUGAUCUGUACACCCUGUAGAUGUAAUGAAUCUUUCACUACUGAAAUGCAAUGACCUGUUUUCUGUGCUGCCCCACCCCCGGGAAUGGGGAGUUACUACUGCAGUUUCUUAUUGUAUCAGAUUCUUUUUUAAGUUUGUAAUAAAAACAGAUUGGCAAAAAAACAAGCAUGGAACAUAAGAUCAUUGUGUCAUC